CUAAGCUUUCUCAUCCCUCACUUUGCAUACCACAAUAAUAAAAGAAGAAGAAGAAGGUUUUGAAGUAUAGAAGAAUAAACAUUCUCUAUCUAAUAGUAAAAUGCAACGUGUUCAUCUCCUUUUGUCUUUUGUCAUCUUGGCUUUGGCCUCCUCCUUUGCCUCUGCCUCUGAUCCUGACCCUGUUCAGGACUUCUGCGUGGCCAUAAACGACAUCAAAACGGGCUUGUUUGUGAAUGGAAAGUUCUGCAAGGACCCCAAGCUUGCCAACGCAGGGGAUUUCUUCUUCUCUGGGCUCGAUAAGCCCGGGAACACAUCGAACCCAGUUGGGUCGAAAGUGACUCCAGUGGCUGUAACCGAAAUUCCAGGGCUUAACACUUUGGGAAUCUCCCUUGCUCGCAUUGACUUUGCACCGUACGGUCUAAACCCUCCACACACUCAUCCCCGAGCUACCGAAAUCCUAGUAGUCGUAGAGGGAACAUUGGAGGUCGGAUUUGUGUCAUCCAACCAAGACAAUAACCGCCUCUUCACGAAAAUCCUCAACAAGGGAGAUGUGUUUGUGUUCCCGGUCGGUAUGAUUCACUUCCAGCUCAACAAGGCACAUUACAAUGCACUUGCAUUUGCUGGUUUGAGCAGCCAAAACCCCGGAGUGAUUACCAUUGCUAACGCUGUGUUUGGAUCGAAUCCUCGUAUUAAUCCUGAUGUUCUUACCAAGGCCUUCCAAGUUGGUAAGGAUGUGAUCGACUAUCUGGAGAAGCAGUUUUGGUAUGACAACAAUUAGAUUUUUAAAACACACACAUUAUAUGUGACGCUCUGAAGCUCCAGCCAUGAAUUAAAUAAUUUAAUAUGCUAGCUUUUAAAUGUAUGGCUUUCCUAGUUUUCUGUGUAAAAUAAAUAGAAGGGUGCUUGUACCUUUCUUUGUGUGCCUUUCAUUUUCGGUAUUAUAUAUUCUAAUUUGUCACA